AGUCAAACUCAUCUAUUGUAGCUGUAGGAUGUCACUCUCUGCAGCAGCAAUGGAGAUUCAGCUGAGCCGGAACACCGGCUCCCCUUCCCCGUCCUCAUCGGACCACCAGAACUCUAACCCUAACCAGAAUGGAAACCCUAACCCUAUGCAGUCAUGGUGGGAAGCCAUCUCCAAGGCCAGAUCACGCAUCCAAGCCCUCUCUUCCAUUCUCCCUUCCUUCACACCCCUCUCCUCCCUUGCCGACUCAGACCGCCCUGCUCGAUCUCUCCUCGAAUCCCCGGAAGCCUACUUGGCCCUCGCCUCCUCUCUUUCAGACCCUUUUUCUGGUUCCGGCGACGACCCUCUGUGUCAAUGGCUUUAUGAGACCUUCCAGUCCUCCGAUCCCGACCUUCGCCUCGUCGUCCUUUCCUUCAUUCCACUCCUUGCAGGCCUCUACCUCUCUCGCGUUGUCUCUACUGCUUCCGAAAACCCAACCCCUUCCCUCGCUGGCUUCGAAGCUGUUCUCUUAGCCCUUUACGCUUCUGAAACCAAAGCCCGCGGCGGAAAACCUAUGUUGAUCUCAAUUCCGGAUCUUUCGCAGCCAUCUUUGUACCACGCACCACGGAACCAGCCUGCCAACCGGGUUGCCGUCCAAUCUCUGCCUUCCCUCGGGGUUCUUUGUCCACCGCUCGAGCCGCAGAUGGCCGUUAAAUCGACGAAACGUGCUUGUAUCGUUGCUAUCGCGCUUGAAUGCUAUUUCAAGCAAAUUCCUCAGAUGCCUAGCUGGUGCAAAGUCGAUUUAUGUCAGUUCGCCGCUGGAUGGGCCGGGCAGAAUUGCUCUUGCAAGACCGAACUUGACGGCAAUUCCGAAGGCGAUAGCAUCGAUGCGAAUGAGAAUUUUGUGGAGGUUAGGGUUGACGAGGAGGACGAGGAGGAAAAUGACGAGAUUCGGGAUACUGUCCAAGGGAUGAACAAAUUGGCGAUUGUAGAAGAUUGUAAUGAAAUUGGGGUUUUCAGAGGAUCAAGAAUUCCACUUCCUUGGGAGCUUCUGCAGCCGGUUUUGAGGAUUCUUGGGCAUUGCCUCUUGGCGCCUCUGAAUUUGCAAGAUGUUAGGGACGCUGCCUCGGUUGCAGUGAGGUGCUUGUAUGCUAGGGCAUCGCAUGACCUGGUCCCGCAGGCAAUCUUGGCCACGCGGAGCCUCAUUCAGCUCGACAAUAGGGCACGCUUUGCUGCCAAGGAAGCAGCCGCUGCCAACGCUGCUUCGAAUGCGAACACACCAAGCAAAGCAAAGAAACCGGAGAUCCUCUUGGUUUCAAAAUGAAUGGUCAGUAGACAGUCCCUUGGCAACAACCGGUGCUGGUUUGACCCCUUCUGUAUAGUCCAUCUGCACCAUCUUCUUAGAAUUUCUGAGACGAUCAACAUGUGUCAGCAUUUGUAAGAUUUCUCUCUUGUAAUGAAAUGAGGAGAAAAUGUUUGUUUUUUUUUUUCCAACUUUUUGGUUAGGUGACAGGUAUACUCAUUAUUGAAAGUCUGUGUUUCUAGUUUUGAUUGAUCUUAGUAGUUUGUGUCUUCUGGUAUUGUUUUCCUAAUGUUGUUUUGGUUAUGUUUGCCUCUUAUGCAUAAUGAGUUUGAUCAUCUUA